AUUCGAAGCUGUCAACAGUUUUAUUGUGGAAAAAAUACAAUAUGCCUGAAUAUCAACCAUUAAAUGGUGAAGGAUCAAUUAGGGGAAACUGGAGUAGUUUAACAAGAUUGGAAAAGAGAUUAAUAUUUCUAACAGUAUUCCUUGGAAUAACAAUUUUUGGUUUGGCCAUUGUACUAACUACACAUACAUGUUCGAGACCACCUAAACCAAUUCCACCCACCCCAAAUCCUACAGAACCAACUGAAAGACCUACGGAUAAACCGACAGAAAUACCUACAUCUACUAAUAAACCUACAGAGAAAUCAACACAAACGCCCACUGAAAAACCCACAGAGAAACCUACACAAAUACCUACUGAAAAACCUACGGAGAAACCUACACAAAUACCUACUGAAAAACCUACGGAGAAACCUACACAAAUAUCUUCUGAAAAACCUACGCAAACACCUACUGAGAAACCUACACAAACACCUACUGAAAAACCUUCAGUUAAACCGACAGUUAUAUCUACAGAAACACCUACUCAGAAGCCGACAAAUCAAGUCGUAAAAAACGGAGGCACGGAAAGUCCUAUAGAAUAUCAGACAUAUUUAUCAAUGUUGGACAACACGACCGGAUCAGAUGAUAAUCACAAAUUGUCUGAGUCUGAAGUUAAAACAACAGAAGAGUCCAUUAUAAAAAUUAUGGAAAGUUCAAAUUACUUUAAUUAA